AUGGAAAAGAAAGUAAUUGAUCAAAUAAUUCAAGUAACUAAUGACGUUUACGGGAAGUAUGAUUCAUCAAAAUGGGUACCAAAAUCUUAUACCGAUAAUAAAAGUCGAUAUUUAUGGACAGAUGCAUUUGGUGUCUGUAAUUAUUUAACAUUAUAUCAUGAAACUAAUGAUCAACAGUAUCUUCAACAAGCAGAUUUACUCAUAAAAAACGUUCAUGAUACACUUGGCUAUGAAAGAACAAGACAAAAGCGUCUUGAUUCAGCCACAGAAGAACAUCCAACAAAAGGUGGUCUAAGAAUUGGUAAAAUUGAUGAAGAAGGUACACAUGAUGGCGAUGGUCAAUAUUUUCAUUAUCUGACUAAAUGGGCAUUUGCUUUGAGUCGUAUGUCAAUAGCAAAAAAAGAUCCUCAAUAUAAUGAUUGGGCUAUCGAGUUAAUUAAAGUGAUACAUCCUCGAUUUGUUUAUGAUAUCGACACCGAACAUCCUCAUAUGUAUUGGAAAAUGAGAAUUGAUCUGAAAAAACCUGAUGUGUUGUCAGAAGGCAAUCUUGAUCCAUAUGAUGGCUUUAUCACGUAUCGUUUAGUUCAAGAAGUAGCAUCUGCUGAUAAAAAAUAUUUAUUAGACCAAGAAAUCAAAGAUAUGAGAAAAAUGGUGGAAAAAAAAUAUGGUCGAUAUCGCAGUAACGAUCCACUCGAUUUGGGUGAAGCACUCUGGAUUACGCACUGGUAUCCGGAAGAAGAAUGGGCAAAAGCAAUUACAGCAGAAUCAUUGAAAUCAUUAGAACGUUUAUAUCAACAAGGUUAUUUUGAUGAAAAAAAAGCAGGUUAUAGAUUAGCAUUCAGAGAAUUUGGGACAACAAUUGGCGUUCAAGUCUGCCAUCCUCCGGCUCCUAGCGUAUGGAAAGAACGUGUACAGCAGCUUCAUAGUUUCUGGUUCUCUCAUCUAUACAAGAGGGACCAAGACAUUACACCGAUCAUGUUUUGUACCAGUCUGAAUCCAGGUUGGAUUGGCUUUGGCGUUCCAGAUUGGCAAGCUUUUUAUCGGUACAGUGGAGGUACUCAAGAAUAUUAUGGAUUAUGGGCAUAUUGUCAGAAUCAAAAACCAUUGUUUAACAGUGUAUGUCAAAGAUGGCACUCUGCUGAACAAACAUUAUUUAAUGGAAGUCGACCUCAAUUUGUUCGAUCAGCUGAAGGUUUAAUAACAACAGGAAUGAUACUAUUAACAUUUGGAUUAGUUGCUGCAAUUGUCGCUGCAUUAUUGCCAUUAUUAGCUUAUGUUGCGGCUGUAUUAGCUCUGUUAGCUUUUAUAUUUCUCGUUAUUGGACUUCCAAUAUUCGCAAGAUCAGCAAAUAAUUUAUCUAGAAAUCGAGGUGAUUACGAAUGGAAUCACCGCUAUGGUUUAUGGCUAAUUGUGCCAACGAUCGUACUAGAAUUUUUAGCUAUGGUCUUAUGGGCAUUAGCUGCUCUUCUGUAUCAAAUGUUUGGCUACGGAACCAUCGUGACAGGAUCGUUGAACAAGUCGAGAAUGAUACAAGGACAAGGCGGUAGUGGAUCCGGACAACCAAUGUUUGGAGGUGGUGGGCUGUACUCGAUGAGGGCUCCAUAUAAUGCUUUGGGAGGUCUCCCAAUGCGACCUCCGCCCGCCUUAUUAUCACAAUAUAUGGCACAACGACCCCCACAAUACUAUCGUCCUAUGGGCGUAGAGUCGCUUAGUCAGAAUGUACCAUACGUUGCUUUACCAGUAGUGGUGGGUGCCCAGUCCUCCGUGCUGCCACAACCAUCCAUCGUUCGCGCCGCUUUCGGACCACUUAUGCAAACAACUACUCCCGCUUAUAUUAGACCUAUUGUAAAUUUAACAGGUCAAACUAUUGUAUCACCGCCACGAGUUACAGCUGCUGUCAUUGCACAACAGAGUAUUCCUGGUACAUACGUGAUAGCACCUGGUCUGGAUCAACCAAUCAAAAUGAUCGAUAUGCUUCCAAUGGCAAAUUAA